AUGGUUGCUGCACAAUUUUUGGAUUAUGUUUCAAAGUUCCAAGUCGCAACCUAUGUUGGCGUUGAGGAUUUUUCCGAUAAAUUUAAUUUCUUAGUUACCGUUAUGGUAUUAUCCUUGUGUGCGACUAUAGUCACCGUAAAACAGUAUAUGAUGAAGCCCAUUUCAUGCUACAUGGCUACGGAUUUGGGCGGCAAAAAUCUCUUGGAUUAUGUGGAAAAUUAUUGUUGGGUUCAAGGAACUGUGCCAAUCUCGUUUGCCGGACACAUUCCAGAAACUGACGAAGGAUGGAGUACACUAGAAGAUCAAAAGCUUUUAUACUACCAGUGGGUCCCGUUCGUCCUCGGAUUGCAGUGCAUCAUGUUCUACAUUCCUCGACUGAUUUGGCAAAUGAUUUGCUACAACCGAACCGGGACAGAUAUCCAGCAUCUGGUCCUCAGUGCGAACCAGGCCGUUCACGAGACCGAUGAGAAACGAGACAAAAUGGUGCAACACGUGGCCCGAACACUGGAGCAACUGCUGUUCCAACAACAGCAACAUCGUGCGUUAGCCCACAACCACGUGAUCAAUCAGGACUCGAAUGCCAAAGCGGACGAUUCACAUUUGAAUGAAAAGACAAUCCCAACCGGGAAUGGUUUCUUUCAAAUGCGUCCCUUGCGUGACCCCAAAGCACCACCCCACGAUAUGGAAAGAAAUGCGAAUCCGGAGACCAAUUUAUACGAUGGUCACAGUGAUCACUUCGGUGGAGAACGGUCCCAGAGUCUAGCGGGUUCCGUGUGUUCACGCUUGUGGCGUGCAACCUGUUUGCAUCGGUUCGACAGGCAUCGAGGCACGUGUCUCUCCCUGGCCUAUCUGCUUCUCAAGCUACUCUAUUUGGGGAAUGCGAUUGGUCAACUAUUUCUGAUGCAACACUUUCUCGGUUUUCAACGCGGGGAUGGUGAUUUCGGUUUCGGAGUAGCCGUGUUGCAUAACAUUUUGAACGGACGUGACUGGGAAGCCACACUCAUUUUCCCCCGAGUUGCCUACUGCUAUGCACCGGUCAAACAUUUGGGUACCAGCACGAACACGGCCACCGCCCAGUGUGUGCUUCCAGUCAACAUGUUGAAUGAGAAAAUCUAUAUUUUCCUUUGGUGGUGGGUGCUGUUCGUCGCCUCACUGACCGCGUUCAGUCUGAUUCGUUGGUCGCUGCGCAUGCUCAGUCGAACUGGUCCGGUCGACUUUGUGACACGGUACCUCGUGCUCCGGGAGCACUUCGAUUCUCGAGACUCUGGGUUGUUACACGAGUUUGUUCAAAAGUUUCUACGACGGGAUGGUGUGUUUCUACUGAAAAUGAUCUCCUACAAUGCGGGCGAGUUGGUCACAUCCGACGUGUUGGCCCAAAUCUGGGCCCGUUAUCGAGCUAAACGCCUAGGGUUACCCAUACCCGGAGAUCCAACGAAGAAGAAGAAUGAAGAAGAAGAAGUGAAUCAGCCCGCAGCAAAUUUGGAUACCAAACCCACCGCACCGCAGGAGUCAGUGGUAACCGAUAAACCAGGAGUGAUGACAGUACUACCCAACCCAUGUGCCCCUUAUCCUAUGGAAGACAAACUUUUACCAAAGUUAGAUGCGGCACCGAUUACCCUGGCCACUCGUUCUGUUCCCUACCCGCCACCAAAACCCCCCUGGUUGCAGCUGAUAUUGAUUGCUUUAAUGCAUCGCGAGUAUCGUGUCGGUCCAUUGAGCGAGCUGCGCCGCCGUAUAUGGAAGUUUUGCAGCUUGUUGGUCGUGAGCAAGCGACUGGGAACUCGUCUGUUUUUCACUUAUAUGCUCAUCAAAAUGCUCUAUUUGCUCAACGGGAUCGGACAACUGUUCAUGAUGGAACGAUUUCUCGGUCUGAACCGCCGUAACUACACGUUGUUCGGGAUCUCAAUCGCACACGAUAUCCUGGUGGGGAAAGAUUGGGAAGUCACUUUGGUGUUCCCCCGAGUCGGAUUCUGUUUAGUGCCUGUGCGUCACAUGGGUUCACGAAACUAUGUGACCAGUCAGUGCGUGCUCCCGGUGAAUAUGCUCAACGAGCGUAUCUAUGUGUUCCUGUGGUUCUGGAUUGUCCUGGCCUGUACUCUGACCGCGAUCAGUAUACCCACUUGGUUUAUCCGAAUGUCCUAUCAGAAAUCACAGACGUGUUUUAUCAAAAAAUAUUUGAAAUUAGGUGAGGUUCUCAGUCGAAAAGAUCGAGCUAUGGUGGAAAAAUUCAAACGCCAAUUCCUACGUCACGAUGGAAUCUUUCUGCUGCAAAUGAUUGCUCUCAAUGCAGGUGAUUUGAUCUGUUCGGACAUUGUGUGUCAGUUAUGGAAGGUGUUCAAGGCGCGCUAUUUCUAUCGGGAUUUGACCCGUGGUCCGGAGGAGGACAACGAUUGGCUCAUCGACCAAGUACAAACCGAGGAGGGCAAACUGGCCCGCGGAGGAUCAAUGAGCCGAUUGGUUCUCAGUGCGGAUGCGAAGCCGUCCGCACCGAAGCGGCGUCCACAUGAUGAAGAGAGUGGAUUAAAUGAAAAAAUCAAUUUUGCCUGA